AUGGAGUGCUUCGACCCGCUGGACUUCCUCAGCAGCGCUCCUCAAACCAUACCACCUAGCAGGAAGGACCCUUUGGAGCCGUUGGUGGCAGACGCUUUACCUGAAAGUGAGGGCUUGAAAGCUGAGGACAACGGCGCGACGGACACUGGGCAUAUAACAGUUCUGGACCUUCCACAUAUACAAUACGCAGACCCCUCCGCUGUCCUUGCAGUGCUGCUGCUCCUGCAACCUACCGCGCAGGUGAAUUUUGUUGGUGAUGAAUCGAAGGCCUGGCAACUAGUCGCUGAGGAGAAACAUGUGGCCGGUCCGCUGCUGGACGCGGCCCUCCAGUACUACCGCAAGUGGGGCAGUGGCUCUCUUUCAACAGAAGAGCAGAUAUGCUCCAAGAUUCCUGUAUUGUUGUUGCAUUACAACGGAGAGCUACUGCGAUACUACCUCUCAGUGCUAUCGCAUUACGAGGUUGUGGACCAUCCGCUAAAGGACGAAAUACUUAAACAGACAGCACUACGCAUAUCUGAGCGCUGUGGUCGUACCGCGCAGCCCGCAAUAACUCGUCAGUUUCUAGUCGACGGCGUGGCCCGGCCCAUAGUGCUUCAUGAGCCUGCCUUGACCAGCGAUAACCUUGGGCUGAAGACUUGGGGUGCCUCUCUGCUUCUAUCCCGUCGAGUAGCCGGCUUUACCGGCAAAAAACGCGUUCUAGAACUAGGUGCUGGCACGGGCCUGGUCGGCAUAGCGUAUGCGCUGGCGAACAUUGACGCGGACGAUGUAUUCGUGACGGACCUUCCCGAAAUUGUCCCGAACCUACGCCACAACCUUGCCCUGAACAAUCUUACCAACGUCCGCGCAUCCGUACUUGAUUGGAGCGAUCCCACCAGCUUCCUGCACGAACAUGGCGAGCUCCAGUUCGACGCUAUUUUUGUCGCAGACCCGAUCUACUCGCCCAACCAUCCGCAGCUGCUGGUACAAACCGUCGCCCGUUUUCUUGCACCGGCGGGCACGCUGUAUCUGGAGAUCCCAAUUCGAGCACAGUACGCCACGGAACGGCGGCUACUAUGGGACCUGCUGGCCGCCCAUCAUCUCAAAGUCAUUUGCACCGAGGAAGACCGCGGUAAUGACGAUUGGGGCGAGGUACAGUAUAUAUAUAAGGAAGUAGGUUGGAGUAAUAUACGCUGA